GCGAAAGAACGAGAAUACCAAAAGAUAAAAGCUAGAAAGUAUCGGUAGUCUACUUCUUCAUAUGCGAGACAAAGAGGCGCUUAAACCAUACGUUUGGUGUUAGUUUGUGAGUUCAUCGGAAUAGUUAGUAAUCGGAAGCUCACAUCACAAAUCUGCCGAAUCAAUGGGAAGCACUAAUUGAAGAACAAUGCAGAGAAGAAGCAGAUUGAAGCAAAAUACAUUAUUUAUGUGUUAUUGAUUUUGAUUCUUCUUCUUUUUAUGGCCUCUUCUCAGCAGCAUCGUUGCGUCUUUGUUGGGAAUAUACCGUAUGAUGCAACUGAAGAGCAGCUUAUUCAAAUCUGUGAAGAGGUUGGCCCUGUCGUUUCCUUCAGAUUGGUUAUAGAUCGUGAAACAGGGAAGCCAAAAGGUUAUGGGUUUUGUGAGUAUAAGGAUGAAGAAACAGCUCUCAGUGCUCGCCGUAAUCUUCAGGGUUAUGAAGUUAAUGGUAGGCAAUUGCGAGUAGAUUUUGCUGAAAAUGAUAAAGGUGCUGAUAGAAGUCGUGAACAGGGUAGGGGCGGGCCAGGACUGGCCACAAAUAUUGAUGCUCAAAAGCAGGUAGGAGGUCCAGCUGUUAUUGGGGAUUCACAAUUUCAUCAGCCAAUUGGUCUUCCACUAUCUAUGACUGCUGCUUCUGUUAUGGCAGGAGCUCUAGGUGGUCCUCAGACUGGACAGAUAAAUCAAAAUGGUUUGCAGAAUCAAUCACCAGUUGGCAAUGACCCUCUAACCCAUCAUCUUGCCAAAAUGUCCAAGAGUCAAUUGAGCCAAGCUUUACAUGACAUGAAGAUAGUUGCCAUGCAAAAUAAGGAUCUUGCUCACCAACUUUUAAUUGCAAACCCGCAACUUUCCAAAGCUCUCUUCCAGGCACAGAUAAUAUUGGGGAUGGUGAAACCACAAAUGCUGCAGAUGCCAAAUAUAAGGCAACAAGCUCCAAAUCCAGCUAUUCCAACACCCCAACCUUCAAUGCAACUUACCAUGCAGGGUCACCCUCCAGUUGUUCAGAAUCUUCCGGGGCUGCCCUCUUUCACUCCUAUAUCCACCGUGUCUCAUAAUCAUAUGGUAAAUAACCAGUUUUCAGUGCCAUUGCGGCUUCAUCCUCAACUGCGAGCUCAGCCUCCAAAUCUUAACCAGAUGGUCAGUGCAGUGCCUGAACAUUCUGGAUUGUCUUCACUUCCAUCUGCACGACCGCACUCUCUGGGUGGAUUGCAAAUGCCACCUGUAUCUUCCUCUUCAUUCAGGCCUUUUCAAGCUCCAUCAAUGCAACCUGCAGGUGCUGGUACAACAAUCACACAAAAUGCAAACCUUCAGCCUACCUUUCAAAGUCAUCCCAUGUCAGAUUCUGGAUAUCAGGUUGUCUCUUCUGUAUGGCCUGCAUCGAUUGAGGCAACUGUAAAGGACACUCUUGUGCGUCCGCCAACUGUUAGAGAUGCAACCUUGGCUGGUGGGACAAUUACAUUGGCAAAUACGACCUCGUUAGAUAGAAGAGAUUCUCAAGUUUGCCCUUCAAAAUUUGUUAAGUUGGAUGAUGAAAAAGGUGCCCCUUUCUCGUCGGCUGGCUUAGCAGCAUCGAGUACCAAUGAGAUUGCUGGUAGCUCUGGCGCAUCUGGUCAAAAUUCUAAUUUUGAAGCACCAAACACAGAGAAUCAAAAUCCCCAGUUGCAGCUGCCACCGGAUGUGGAGUCUGCGCUAUUACAGCAAGUUCUCAGCCUUACUCCUGAACAACUGAGCUCACUACCUCCAGAACAGCAGCAGCAAGUCAUUCAACUACAGCAAAUGCUCAGAUGAAAUCUCAAUGGUUGGUUUGGAUUGAAGGAAAUGGUGGAAAAAGAAGACAACGGGAGGGAAAUGGGGG